ACGUUAAUAAUAUAUAUAUUUUUUUAACAAACCGUUAAUAUCACCCGGACAGCUUAAAAUGGAACGCCGGGACGCUGUUGCCCUGGCAACACAAACAGUGAGCACGAUUUUUUUGUUUUUAGCAACAGCACCGAUAUUUGUGUAGAAGCUUCUGGUUUGUGUUUAUAGUUUUAAUAUUUUCAUAGCGAAGCACAAUGAUUCCACCAGCCGAGUCUCUCGUAAAAUACGACAACCCAGUUCUGGUCAGCAAAACCACAGACAGAAAGUCUCCAAAGGCCCGUCCUCUGAGAGUCAGCCCUCAGCAGCUCCCUGACUCUACUCCUGUUCCACCGCCUCCCAAACCAAAAUCAGCCACCACUGAUGGCAGCAGGCAGGAAGAUGAGGAGAUCCUCAACGUCAUCCUUCCACCCGUGGAAUGGAUGGAGGGAAACCAGCUGUGGGUGCAGCAGGUGUCCAGUGCUCCGUGUACCAGAACAGAUGUGAUCCACCUGGAGGAGCUGCUGAGCAGGAAGCUGCAGCAGAGGCAGGCCAGAGAGACAGGGAUCUGCCCCGUCCGGAGGGAGCUCUACUCCCAGUGCUUUGACGAGCUGAUCCGCCAGGUGACCAUCAACUGUGCUGAGAGAGGUCUGCUGCUGCUGCGAGUCAGAGACGAGAUAAAAAUGACAAUUGCUGCCUACAAGACGCUGUAUGAAAGCAGCGUGGCUUUUGGGAUGAGGAAGGCUCUGCAGGCUGAGCAGGGCAAGGCUGACAUGGAGAAAAGAAUCUCUGAUCUGGAGGAAGAGACACAAGACCUGAAGAAGCAACUGAACGAACAGAAAGCUAAAUGUGACGCUAUUGAAAAGAGAGAAAAUGAAAGGAGGCAGGUGGAGGAGAAGAAGCACACGGAACAGAUCAAGACACUGGAGAGAACCAAACAGCAGCUCAAGAUCCAACUGGAAGGGAUCAUUGCACCAAAGAAGUAACUUCGCCAAACAAGAACCGACUUCCCAGUACAGAAUGUUUCCAAAUACGUCUUUUGUCUCAUUUCUAAAUAUCAAUGAAUGUAAACUUAACUCUGUGGAAUUAACAUAUUUUAUUACAGCAUGACACGACAAGUGCAGUUAAAACAAUAACUGUACAUUUCUCUUGAACACCGAGACAGUCACACCUGUACAUGAUGAAUGAAAUGUCAUUCAGAGCAGUUCUGGGUUGGAGGGAAAAGAUAGAAAGUUAAAAAAGGCUAGAAACAUUUUCUUGAGGUCAAGAUAAGGCACCAUUGACCAUAACACUCAGCGAGAAUCUCACCUUCUUUCAACUUUGCAUUUUCCAUAAAAAUGUGGCCUUUCUGGCAUCUUAAAUAAAGAUUUAUUACAAACUU